CCUCUUUAACCGUAUUAACAUGGUUAUAGACACCCCUUUUAACUCUUUCCUUCCGAGAACUUUCUUUGCCAAUCGUCAACCACAUUUCUGGCAUAUCACUUAAGCAGAGCGGAUGUAUAGAACUGGAAGUCGAGUUUGAGUUUCUAUACUUGUGUGUAUUUCUUCCGGGCCGUCUAAUACCCGGACCUGUUGACCACCACAGUCAACGGGUCACGUUAGGUCAGAGGGAACACGUCCGUCUCCACCCAAGUCAAUGACGAAAGCAGUUCUCUUUCCUCUGCUUCUUCUCGGAUGUUUUGCAAGUUUGCCACUUUUGCCAGCCACUAUAGCAGCUAGAGAACCCUUCAUCCUAGAACUGCGGAAAAUAAACAAGAAAAAGGCAGAGCUGUUAUUAGCAUAUUCUAAUUAUGACUAGCAACUCUGCCGAGAAAAAGGAAAAAGAUGAUCACGUGUCCAAACAGGAUGGAGAAAACUAUAAUUCAAUAUCGCACAAUUUGAUUUGAUUUCAAUGUGUUAUAUUAUCCUCUUCCAAAAAAAAUGAAACUAUACGUUGUGAGGUAACGUCUUGUUUUGCUUCGUUGAACUGGUAAACUAUUAGCUGCUCUCUUGGCUUCCGACACGUGUUGUGUCUCUCCUCUCGGUCUCUCCUUUUUUAUUUUUUGAAUUUUUCUUGCGUCAGCAGCGGUUGCCAGGAGCCCCGAGUGUUGAACGGACCAACUCCAUCUGCUCUCCAUUCCGCGUCUAGCUCUCUCUCUCUUAACUGACUAUAGAGUGACACUAGAUGUUCCUGAUGAUGAUGGUGAAAACAAGAUGACAGCUGAUGCAACCGUUUUGCCACCGAACCGUAUCGACCACAUCUAUACUCUGUUAUAGGCUCGUUAUACUACUAGGCCGAUGGGUUUAAGUCGUUUUCACACUAUUACGACUCUAUGGGCCACUAAAAUUCUAGGCCUAGUUGUAUAAUUACAGUUAACUAAUGUCUAUUUCAAAUAAUCCAGCACGUUUGUAAUUCUCAUUUCAAGGAAAUCUGGUUAAGACACGCGUCUUUGAACGACUAGGCCUCUUGUUUGACUGAUGGUCGUGUUGUUGGCCUUUUCUGUUGGUUAAACGACGUUCCAUCAUCAUCGGGUGGCAAGUUCUUUGCCAGAAAUCACGCCUAAUGCGAGUGGAGGUUACAACAAAACAGCUGUUGUUGUAUUUGUGGAACUAUUACAGAAUUUAUCGAGACUCGUUUGCUGAGUAUAUAGACGAGAGUCGACGACUUUUUCUUCUCGUCCAAGUGGCUCGUUCCUGUCGUCACUCGGGUCCGCGCCAUUCGGGUCGUUGAGACGGGCGAACGGCGCGCGCGGGUCGGACGCUUAAAACACAACACCGGGUGUGUUGCGCCAACUUUUUCGGUUGUUGUUUCUUUCUUUUUUAACUUCCAGCCAGCCAGCCAGCUAGUCCAAAGCGGUUGGCUGUUGUAUGUAAAAGACGAGAGCUGAAUUCGGAAACUAAAGUGCGCGGUUGAAAGAUGGCCAGGGCCAACAGCAUUUUGAGCGUCUCCUAUUUCUUCCAGUUACACACACACACAGUGUGGAGAAAGUGGGGAAUCAGCUAAUAGCUCGCAUAAUUUGAUGAUUGACACAUUUUCACGUCUAAGAGAAAACCCAACCAAAUUUACAGGACAAAACGAAGCAGCAGACGUGAGUUAUAACCGUGUCGGCGUGAACGUCGACUACAUAAAUCCAAGAGGCUUUUUGAACUAUAUUUGAAAAUAUAAGAAAUCGAUGAUAAGAAAGAGCGUGAGAAUGACUUGAAGGCAAUAGAACAUCUACACUGUAAGUCUGGUUGGCUAUUGGUGCGCGGUGUGUGUGAAACACACAAGUGCAAGAGUUUUCAACUCGAAUCUUAUUUUCUAAUUCUCUUAGGGCUUCUCCAAAUAGUAGAACAUGAUCAUCACUCGGCGAUCAGUUCAACAUAGACGAACGAGGCUUACAUCUAUUAUCGGUCACGCCGCUUGCGUGAUGGAGAGCCCUGCUGACAGCCGCAUCAUCACACACUACACCACACAUACUAUACUACUAUUACCAGCAGCUCUAAACACGGAUAGAUAUAAUUGCGUGGGUAUUAGUACAUAGAUAUUGAUUCAAUUUAAAACGUACAUACGCAUUGAUGCGGCUGACCAGUGUCACGGAAAUGAUCGGAUUGCCACCAGGUUUUAUUUCACAAUAGAUUGUUGGUUAUUUCUUUUUGUUCCGUUGAUGGAUGAAAAUGGUGGAGCCCUAUUCAACCGGCCGAUUGUCGCGUGCCAUCAGCUGAUUAUAUAUCCAAAGAAUGUAUGAAAAGGAAAAAAAAAAAUCUUCAAUCGGCGAUAUACCCCGUUAGCACUUGACUAAACCGCCGCCAUCACACACACGCGAUAAUAAUACACCGCAGACCUUUUGAAGAAGAAGAAGAUGGCUGCCAUCAGGAGGACGAAUGGGACGAGGUACACACGCGAGCUUGAGGCUGCACGGACGAGAUGUAAACUUGUCAUCACCGACGCGUCUCUCUGAUAGAGAGGGAGGCUGGGGUGGGUGGUGUGGGUGGGUGGAAGGAGGUGGCGGGAAUAGAAAGGAGUGGGCGACAAUGGCCGCACUUGGCAGCCGGCAAGACCCCACUUCAACAGUCCAUCAGCGUCCUUACAUCCUGGCUCCGCCUCCUCUCCGCAAGCUCCGCCCACCCCAUUUCCCUGGGCGCUCGCGUUAUAAAGUCGCCGGGAUUUCGUCGGCCCCCGUCCAGUUGUGUCAUCCAGCCGACGGAAUCCUUUCAGUUUUUUCUCCGUUGAACUCCAAAACACAAAAACCAAAUUCUGACUGGAAACAAAACAGACAAAAUGGAUUCCGAUAAAGAAGUGAAUCUCAGUGGGAAAAAUUUGACUCCGUUCUCCAUCGCCGAUAUUCUCAGCGGAAGCAGCAAAGCAUCCGCCGACAAUCCGCCGGCUCCUCCGACUCCUCCGCCGUCUCAGCAUCCGCUGCCAGCGGCCGUCGCCAAUGUUCACCAACCGUCUUACCCGUGGUUUCUCUUCAAUCCUCAUCCGCCGUGCUGGCCGUUGAUGUUGCCGGAAGCAUCGGCUCAAACCGGAUCCGGAUCGACAACAGGCAAUAACGGCCAGGCCGACCUGAGCAACAGUAGCGCAUUGACAACCGUUUCCUCUUCGCCGGAAGACGACGAUCUGGACCGGCUGUCGGACGACGACGAGCUGUUCGAUCAAGACGACGAUGACGACGGAAGCCUCAUCGGCAGUUUGAUCUCGUCGACGGACGACGGCCAGCAGGAAGACGCCCUGGACAUGAGGGCCAGUCACCGCCAACAUCGACGUCGCCAUCGAACCCAUCGGAUGCUGAUGGACAGCGAACAUCAGGCCGUGAGUGAGGAACGAUCGCUGGGCAAUUUGCCGUCGCUUCACCAUCACCUCCACCACCAUCACCAUCAGCAGCAGCAGCAAAUGCAUCAUCACCAUCACCACCACCAAAUGAGGAUGGCGGCGGCGGCGGCUGCCGGAGGGCUGGGAAUGGUCGUAUCCGGCAGCCGGAAGAAACGAUCCAGAGCGGCUUUCUCUCACGGACAAGUUUUCGAGCUCGAACGCCGUUUCGGUCACCAGAAAUACCUGUCGGGUCCCGAACGGGCCGAUUUGGCCCAAAUGUUGAAACUGACUGAAACUCAGGUGAAAAUCUGGUUCCAGAAUCGUCGCUACAAAACCAAACGGCGCCAGUUGCAACAGCAGCAACAGCAGCACGACGUUGCGGCCGCAACGAUGGCCCUCAACAACAUGGCGGCGGCUAGGCGGGUCGCCAUCCGGGUCCUGACGGAACGCCAAACAUCCGGACCUGCCUCAUCCGCAUCGGCGGUCCAUCAGCUCCACAAUCCGAUGGCCAACAACCAAAGAUCGUCAUCCACCUCGGUGAUGGCUCCAGGCCAUUCGACAUUUGCCGGACUGGCCGGCCACCACCCACAUCAUCCGCAACAUCAUCACAAUGUCCACCAUCCGUUCUACUAUUGCCCGCCGGGUUACCUCGCCAUGACCCCGCCCACCGAUCCUUUCAUCAACACAACAGCAGCACCUUAAAUUAAUUAUUACAACAGUUAUAUAAAUUUAAAAAAAGAAAAACAAGAAAAAAUGUCGAAAUUUAAGUUAAACGUGUCGCCGGUGUUUUUGUACAAAUAAGUGUCCUCAUUUUUCAGUUGAUGUUGAGUGUACAAUAAAUGAAUCAAAUAUAGUAAUUAGAUUUUAAAAAAUAAUCAUUUCUAAGCUGGCUGGCCAUCUGUUGCUGCGGUAGACGGCCAACAAGUCAACUGUGCCCACACACACGAGAGAGAAAAGGACGGACAGAAACUGCCUCGACUUCUUUUAAGAAACACAGGAGAAAUAAUAAUACAUAAAUAUGUUUGUGUGUGUGUUUGGUCUGAAAAGGAUGUUGACGUUGUGAUAUACGAUGCUGGGAGAAGCAGAAGCUC